AUGGAGAACUACUCCUACAACUCCUCCUACCCCGAGUCCGGCGACUCCUCGCCGCGCUCUCGCGAGAUCGACUUCGAGAAUCCGCCGCCCUGGGAGGAUUCGCAGGGGAAUCAGCCGCUCCCUAAUUAUAAGGUCAAGUUUAUGUGCAGCUACGGUGGGAAGAUUCACCCGCGGCCGCACGAUAACCAGCUCUCGUACAUCGGAGGCGAGACGAAGAUCCUCUCAGUCGAUCGCAACAUUAAAUUCGGCUCUCUGCUCCCCAAGCUCAUCGCGCUCUGUGAUAACGAGAAUAUCUCGUUUAAGUACCAGCUUCCCGGCGAAGAUCUGGACGCUUUGAUUUCGGUCACAAACGAUGAUGAUCUGGAACACAUGAUGCACGAGUAUGAGCGGUUGUACCGGAUUUCGCCUAAGCCGGCGAGGCUGAGGAUUUUCAUUUUCCCCACGCUGAAUCAGAGCCUUAGUUCCUCCACUAGGAGCUUCGGCUCCGAUAGUGAGGUCAAGUCGGAGAAGGAGAGGUUUGUGGAGGCGUUGAAUUCUGCGCCGAUUAUCACCGCGCCGCCGCAUACGGUGUCGGCUGCAGCUCCACAGCCGCAGGCGCAGGCGCUGCUGCAGCCGCCGGCUAGUAACAUGGAUUUCCUGUUCGGCUUGGAGAAAGCGAAUGCAAUGGCGGCGGCGGCGGUGCAACCUCCGGUUCAGCAGCCGAUGAUGGGGAGAGUUCCGGAGAUGGAGGAUCCGGUUUUCCUUCCAGGACAGGAUGAGCGGUCCAUGGGGUUGGAUCCGAUCCAGAAGCACAUUCAGGAUCUGCAGCGACUGAGGCUUGAGGAGCAGCAAGGAAUCUAUAUAAGAAAAAGCGAGGAUAAUCUCUCCGGAGGGUAUCCCGCCGGUGAGUAUUACAAGGUGCCGGAGAAAGCCCCUUCGCCGGUCAUGCCCGGCAUCGUUCCUCACUGGCCUGACAACAGGCAAAUCCCCGGCGGAAUGUUCCCGGGGAGCACCGUCAACAGCGAACAACCGGUUUACAUGAUCCAAACGCCGGCGGGUGCGUACCACGCGCCGAUGAUGAGACCGAUGGCCGGAGCUCCGGCGCAGGGGUACUACACAGUUCAGCGGAUGGCGUCGGACCAGCAGCAGCAGCAGCAACAGCAACAGCAACAGCAACAACAGAUGCAACAACAGCAACAGCAACAGCAACAGCAGCAGAUGCAACACCAGCAGCAGCAGAUGUACAAUGUGAUUCCGCAUCCACAGUCAGCUGUUGGUUCGAUGGCGCCGCAGCAGCAGAAGGCGACGGGAUACUCCGAGGGUUUCGGGAUGGUGAGAGCAGGGACAGGUGGCGGGCUAGGAAUGGUGACGGAAGCCGGGUACGCACAGGUGGCGUACGAUGUGGGGGCGGGGAGACAGGUGAUCUACACGACGCAAGGGGGCGUGAUGGGGGCGCCGCAGCAAUAUCAAGCCAUGGUGAGCGCGGCCGACAUGCGGACAGCUGGAGGAAUGAAUCCUGAAGCCGGUGGAAAGGGUGACCCCAAAGUUACGCAAACUCAGGCUUCUUUGUGA